CCCUUCCUCCCUCAUACCUCCCUCCCUGACUGUCACAGUCUCAAGCCAGACCAGACAACUAACUCCUCAAAGGAUAUAGGAUGCAGUAAUGGAGGCCCCUGGAAGAAGGACCUUUAUCACUCUGUGCCUCUACACUGCACUACUUACUCUCUCAGAAGUAAACUCAGAGAUCGUCCAUGUUCCGUCCGUGCUCCAUGGUGUCAAAGGGAAGUCCCUCCUCCUCUCAGUUGAGACUUACUUCCGAUUGGAGGACGUUGAGAUCCAGGGCAGCUGGUACCAGACCCGGCCGGGGGGCCCCAAAACCCUCCUGGUGACAUUCCACAACCACACAGCCAUCAUGGUGGCCUCGAUGAGACACAGGAACCGCUACGGCUUCCAGCCCCCCAACGCCUCUCUCCUGAUCCCCAGGCUGGACGAGGCGGCGGAGGGGGACUAUCACCUGGACCUGGACAUUCAGCUCCCCCAGAGACAGGAGCUCGUCAGGGCCGAGAGGACUGUCCACGUCACCGUAGAUGUACCUGUGUCCACCCCAGUUAUCCAGAAGGCACCAUCUUCUACAGUUGUUGAGGACAAGGAGAACGUGACGUGGACCUGUAGGGUGGAGAACGGAACCAGGGUCCAGUACCAGUGGCUGAGGAACAACAUGCCCCUAGAUGUUAGUGAUCGCCAUCAGUUCUCCCAGGACAACUCUACUCUGGUGAUAAGCCCUGUGAAGAAGAAGGACAUUGGACAGUAUCGCUGCCUGGCCAGGAACCACAUCAGCCAGAGACAGAGCCACACCCUGGACCUCAGUGUCUUCUAUGGCCCCUACAACCUGGCUGUGAAGUCUGACCAUGGUCUGCGGACUGGGGAGGUCUUCACAGUGAACCCUGGUGAGCUGGUGUUCUUCGACUGUCAGGCCGACUCCAACCCUCCCAACAGCUGUAUGUGGAUCUCCAAGACCAACAACGCCACUGAGGUCAUCACUGUGGGACUGCGCCUGGAGGUCACCUCCUACAAGCUAGCCCAGGCUGAGGAGUUCCUGUGUAGGGCCUUUAACAACGUGACCCAGAAGCAGGACGAGACCCAGUUCACCCUGGUGGUGGCCAGCCUGGUGACAGGAAAGGAGAGAUAUGUCCAGGAGAGCAGAUCAUUCUCUCCUCUGGCUGGCAUCACUCUGUCCUGUCUGUUCAUCAUUAGCUGUAUGUUACUGAUCUACUUCAGAAGGAGCUGUCAUCAUCCCAGGAGAGUUCUCAUGAACAUCUAUAACAGACCUUUGACAGAACAGAAGCGCCCACACCGUUCAGGUCAUGAGGAUGCAACGGAAGACUUUGGCAUCUAUGAGUUUGUCUCUAUACCUGGGAAAAUUGAAUCUACACAGGCAUCUAGCAGAUCUCUGGCACACCUAGAGUCUGUCCAGGAUUUACAUACCACCAUCUAUGAUGUAAUCAGGCACAUCCCUGAAACUCCCACGCUGGCUACCCGGAGUCUGCUGGGAAAGCAGUGUGAAGGUUAACCAGAGACCAGAGUAUUAAAGACCCUCUCAUUCAUAUUUUUUCUCUCUUCAAAUUGUAUAUAUAUUCAAUGUGCUAUUUCAAGCUGCUUCUGGAAGUGGGCAAGAUUAUUUGGAUGAAUGAAUUAUCACAUUGCAUGUCUGAUGGAGGUGUUGUCUAACAUAGUUUUUCAACAUGUAAAUACAAUAUCUACUCUACACUGCACUUGCUUUAUUGUUUUGUUUUGAAAUAAAUUAAAUUUUAUUUUACUGAAUAUGUUAUAAGUCCUAUCCUCCUGUCCUUUUCUGAAUGUAGCAAUUUUGUUGACCUUGACAUUGUCAAGUACACUCCACCGGAGUGUUAAAUGGCAGAUGUGUUGUUGCCUGUCUGCAGAGUAUUGUACAGUUUCCAUGUACAGAUAUGCACUUUUUGUAUUUGAAUAAAGAUUUAUAACAAUUUGA